CACAACUCUCCUCUCUUCCCCGUAAAUCACCUUCUCAUCAUCCGCAAACAUGCUCAAGAGCGGCGUCGCCCGUAGCUUGGGCAAGUCUGCCUUUGCCCGACCUUCCUUCACCCGACGCGCAGUCGAGCCUCUCCGAAGACAUGGUGUGCCUGCAAUCGCUCAGAGAUGGGCCUCGACGGACACCGCUGGUAACGGCAAGAUCCAUCAGGUCAUUGGUGCCGUUGUCGAUGUUAAAUUUGACGGCGACAGACUGCCUGCGAUUCUGAAUGCCCUCGAAACAGAUAACAACGGAACCAAGUUGACUCUGGAAGUUGCGCAACAUUUGGGUGAAAACGUCGUGCGAUGCAUUGCUAUGGAUGGUACCGAAGGUCUCGUCCGAGGACACAAAGCUAGCGAUACUGGCGCACCCAUCAAGAUUCCUGUCGGCCCAGGUACCUUGGGUCGUAUCAUGAACGUCACUGGUGACCCUAUUGAUGAGCGAGGUCCUAUCAAGGCCACCAAGCUGGCUCCUAUCCACGUCGAUCCCCCGGAGUUCGUCGAACAAUCCACAACUGCCGAAGUGCUUGUCACUGGUAUUAAGGUCGUCGAUCUUUUGGCUCCUUAUGCUCGUGGUGGAAAGAUUGGUCUUUUCGGUGGUGCCGGUGUCGGCAAGACUGUGUUCAUUCAGGAACUGAUUAACAACAUCGCCAAGGCUCACGGUGGUUACUCCGUGUUCACUGGCGUGGGUGAGCGUACCCGUGAGGGCAACGAUUUGUACCAUGAAAUGCAGGAAACUUCCGUCAUUCAGCUCGAAGGCGAAUCCAAGGUCGCUCUGGUGUUCGGUCAGAUGAACGAACCUCCUGGAGCUCGUGCUCGUGUUGCUCUGACUGGUUUGACUGUUGCUGAAUAUUUUCGCGACGAAGAAGGGCAGGAUGUGUUGCUCUUCAUCGACAACAUUUUCCGCUUCACUCAAGCCGGUUCGGAAGUGUCUGCCUUGCUUGGUCGUAUUCCUUCUGCGGUCGGUUACCAACCCACUUUGGCCGUCGACAUGGGUGCCAUGCAGGAACGUAUCACAACCACACAAAAGGGAUCUAUCACCUCAGUCCAGGCCGUCUACGUGCCCGCUGACGAUUUGACUGAUCCUGCUCCUGCCACCACUUUCGCCCAUUUGGACGCCACCACUGUGUUGUCUCGUGGUAUCUCAGAGUUGGGUAUCUAUCCCGCUGUCGAUCCUCUGGACUCCAAGUCUCGUAUGUUGGAUCCCCGAGUUGUCGGUCAAGAACACUACGAUACCGCUUCGCGAGUCCAACAGAUGUUGCAAGAGUACAAGUCGCUCCAGGAUAUCAUCGCCAUUUUAGGUAUGGAUGAAUUGUCUGAAGCCGACAAGUUGACCGUCGAACGUGCCCGAAAACUCCAGAGAUUCUUGAGCCAGCCUUUCACUGUCGCCCAGGUCUUCACUGGUAUUGAGGGCAAGCUUGUGGACCUCAAGGACACCAUCUCCUCCUUCCAGAAGAUUAUGAACGGCGAAGGUGACGACCUGCCAGAAGGUGCUUUCUACAUGGUCGGCGAUUUUGAGAGUGCCCGUGCGAAGGGUGAGAAGAUCUUGGCCGAACUCGAGAAGUCAUAGGUGGUCGAGAGAUGAGAUAGAAAGCCAAGCAGCAUAGCCAUGGUCGCUACAAGUUCUCCUAUGCUGCGUUCAAGACAACAGCUCUUCGUGGAAAAGUAUGGGAAGGAGAAAGACUCGAGUAGCAGAUCUGUACAUUGAAUCACUUGAAAACUCGUUCACUCAAGACCGGUCGUUUCUCAGCAGCCUUAUUUCUGUUUUAAUAUACGUUACGACUCGGAUUUGUACGUGCCCUUCUGCGGUUCUGUUCCAUGUGGUACGCCGGACUCAUAUGCUCCUAUGGUGUCUACGAUGGAGAGGGUAGUGGCGAGGCGCAUGCAAUUGCGCAAGGCGGUGUCCGGAGCGGUAUCGGGAGGCAGAGGUGGUGUCGAGUCGGGGAGGACGGCAAUUCGAACG